CUGUCCGUUCUCUUUGCCGGUAAAAAAAUAAAAAAAACAAGGUUACAAAAUGGAAAAGAGAAAUAUGUAUCCCGAAAUGCCAGAACUUCCUGGUGUUCCCGAUGCACCUCCCACCUACAGUCAAUCGUAUCCUUCAGCACCGGUUGGGGAUGUGCAACCUGUUAUGAUGUCAUCAGGUGCUGUAGGACCAAUUCCUAUGCAACCCCAAGCAGUUGUAUACCAAACUUUGCCACCAAUUCCACCACUUGGACCAAGACCUUGCCUUGUUACAUGUCCAUCAUGUCACCAGGAGCAAAUGUCUACUGUUCGCAUGGAAGCAGCAACAAAAACUCAUCUCUUAGCCGCUGUCUUGUGUCUUGUUGGGUGCUUUUGUUGCGUCUGCGUUCCAUAUUGUGUGGACAGCUGUAAAAAUGCAAACCAUUAUUGCAGCAAAUGCGAUGCAUACUUGGGAGUGUACAACAAGUAAAUUAUAAUAAUGUUUCGUGAUGUGAUCAGGAACUGGAACAGGAAGGAAAAAAAAGGAUGGAAGUGGAGGUUGUUUUGCUGCAAAAGCGACCUUGAGUUUGUGUUAAAGUGUAUAGUAAUAAAACUACUGGGAAAUGGGUUUAAAGGUUGUAAUUAAAUUUUCACAAAUGUCAUUUAUAUUAGAAUUGGUCCCGCUCUCUCUCUCUAUAAAAAUACUUAAUGAUGUUUUCUUAAUGUUAUUUUCUGUGGAAAUAGAAAAUGAAUGUUUGUAUAAGUUAAAUAAUUGAAUGUUGCUCAAAAUAUAUAAAUGUUUUUAAAAUUUGUAUGCAUGUUAAUGGUUCCUUGAUAAAUAAAGAAUAUUUUUGAUUUUAA